GGGAAGAGAGGGAGGAAAGUAGAUCUGUGGGACCUGCGCGAGGAAAAAGUUUGCAAGUCUGGACAGAAGGGAAAAGUGCUCCCGAGAGACCGGCUUUGGGGAGGGGAGGGGGGGAGGGAAGAAUAGCUGCUGCGGCUUCUUUUUUUUCCCCCCCUACACUCCUAAAAAGCUUCUUUCUCUUCACCCAAGACGACCGGCACAAUUGGGACACCCUUGCUGUCCCUCUCCGGCUCUAGCUUUCUCCCUGUAAACCCUCAAGAUUAUGUCAAUUGGUAAGAGUCAACCAGGGAUUUCGUGCGGGUGCUGAAGGAGCUGCGGGAGCCGGAGAAGAAUGAAACUGCGUGGAGUCAGCCUUGCUGCCGGCUUGUUCUUACUGGCCCUGAGUCUUUGGGGGCAGCCCGCAGAGGCUGCGGCUUGCUCUGGGUGUUCUCCAGGAUCAAAGUGUGACUGUGGUGGAAUAAAAGGAGAAAAGGGGGAGAGAGGAUUUCCAGGUUUGGAAGGCCAUCCAGGUUUGCCUGGAUUUCCAGGUCCAGAAGGGCCUCCAGGGCCUCGAGGACAAAAGGGUGAUGAUGGAAUUCCAGGGCCACCAGGACCAAAAGGGAUCAGAGGUCCUCCUGGACUUCCUGGAUUUCCAGGGACACCAGGUCUUCCUGGAAUGCCAGGCCAUGAUGGGGCCCCAGGACCUCAAGGUAUCCCUGGAUGCAAUGGAACCAAGGGAGAACGUGGAUUUCCAGGCAGUCCCGGUUUUCCCGGUUUACAGGGACCUCCAGGACCUCCUGGGAUCCCAGGUAUGAAGGGAGAACCCGGUAGUAUAAUUAUGUCAUCGCUACCAGGACCAAAGGGUGAUCCAGGAUAUCCAGGCCCUCCUGGAAUACAAGGCCCAGCUGGUCCCACUGGUAUCCCAGGGCCAAUUGGUCCCCCAGGACCACCAGGUUUGAUGGGCCCUCCUGGCCCGCCAGGACUUCCAGGACCAAAGGGGAACAUGGGCUUAAAUUUCCAGGGACCCAAGGGUGAAAAGGGUGAGCAAGGUCUUCAGGGCCCCCCUGGGCCACCUGGGCAGAUUAGCGAACAGAAAAGACCAAUCGAUGUAGAGUUUCAGAAAGGAGAUCAGGGCCUUCCUGGUGACCGGGGGCCUCCUGGACCUCCAGGGAUACGUGGUCCUCCGGGUCCUCCAGGUGGUGUGAAAGGUGAGAAGGGUGAGCAAGGAGAGCCUGGCAAAAGAGGUAAACCAGGCAAAGAUGGAGAGAGUGGCCAACCAGGAAUUCCAGGUUUGCCUGGUGAUCGAGGUUACCCCGGUGCACCAGGAAGGGAUGGAGAAAAGGGCCAAAAAGGUGACACUGGCCCAACUGGGCCUCCUGGACUUGUAAUUCCUAGGCCUGGUGUAACUAUAGGAGAAAAAGGAAAUAUUGGGUUACCUGGCUUGCCUGGAGAAAAAGGAGAGCGAGGAUUUCCUGGAAUACAGGGUCCCCCUGGCCUUCCUGGACCUCCAGGGACUGCAGUUAUGGGUCCUCCUGGACCCCCUGGCUUUCCUGGGGAAAGGGGCCAGAAAGGUGAUGAAGGUCCACCUGGAAUUUCCAUCCCUGGCUCUCCUGGACUCGAUGGACAGCCUGGGGCUCCUGGCCUCCCAGGACCUCCUGGCCCUCCUGGCCCUCACGUCCCUCCGGGUGAUGAACUGUGUGAAGCAGGCCCUCCUGGCCCUCCAGGAUCUCCGGGUGAUAGAGGACUCCAAGGAGAACAAGGAGUGAAAGGUGACAAAGGUGACACCUGCUUCAACUGUAUUGGAACUGGUAUUUCGGGGCCUCCAGGUCAACCUGGUUUGCCAGGUCUUCCAGGGCCCCCAGGAUCCCUUGGUUUCCCUGGACAGAAGGGUGAAAAAGGACACGCUGGUGCAACCGGUCCCAAAGGAUUAAUAGGCAUCCCAGGAGCUCCAGGUGCUCCAGGCUUUCCUGGAUCUAAAGGUGAACCUGGUGACAUCCUCACUUUUCCAGGAAUGAAGGGUGAAAAAGGAGACUUGGGUUCCCCGGGAGCUCCAGGGCUUCCUGGUUUGCCUGGCACCCCUGGGCAGGAUGGAUUGCCAGGGCUUCCUGGCCCCAAAGGAGAACCUGGUGGAAUUACUUUUAAGGGUGAAAGAGGCCCCCCUGGAAACCCAGGUUUGCCAGGUCUCCCAGGAAAUAGGGGGCCUAUGGGCCCUAUCGGUUUUGGCCCUCCAGGUCCAGUAGGUGAAAAAGGCAUACAAGGAGUGGCAGGAAAUCCAGGCCAGCCAGGACUACCAGGUCCUAAAGGCGAUCCCGGUCAGACCAUAACCCAACCAGGGAAGCCUGGCCUACCUGGUAACCCAGGCAGAGAUGGUGAAGUAGGUCUUCCAGGUGAACCUGGACUCCCAGGCCAGCCAGGCUUGCCAGGAAUACCUGGUAGCAAAGGAGAACCAGGUAUUCCUGGAAUUGGGCUUCCGGGACCACCUGGUCCCAAAGGUUUUCCUGGAAUCCCAGGACCUCCAGGAGCACCUGGGGUACCUGGAAGAAUUGGUCUAGAAGGGCCUCCUGGGCCACCAGGCUUUCCAGGACCUAAGGGAGAACCAGGAUUUGGGCUACCUGGGCCACCCGGGCCUCCAGGACUCCCAGGUUUCAAAGGAAUACUUGGUCCAAAAGGAGAUCGUGGUUUCCCAGGACCUCCAGGUCCUCCAGGACACGCUGGCUUGGAUGGGCUACCUGGACCAAAAGGUGACAUUGGACCAAAUGGACAACCUGGGCCAAUAGGACCUCCUGGGCUGCCAGGAACAGGUGCUCAGGGACCACCAGGGCCACCAGGGAUUCCUGGACCAAUAGGCCAACCUGGCUUGCAUGGAAUACCAGGAGAGAAGGGGGAUCCAGGGCCUCCUGGGUUUGAUGUCCCAGGACCCCCUGGUGAGAGAGGCAGUCCAGGGAUUCCUGGAGCACCAGGUCCUAUGGGACCCCCAGGAUCACCAGGGAUCCCAGGAAAAGCAGGUGCCUCUGGCUUUCCAGGUGCCAAAGGCGAAAUGGGUAUGAUGGGACCUCCAGGCCCUCCAGGACCUUUGGGAAUUCCUGGCAGGAGUGGUGUUCCUGGUCUCAAAGGUGAUGAUGGUUUGCAGGGUCAGCCAGGAUUUCCUGGACCUGCAGGAGAAAAAGGUAGCAAAGGAGAGCCUGGCCUUCCAGGCCUUCCUGGACCAAUGGAUCCAGAUCUGCUGGGCUCAAAAGGAGAGAAAGGAGACCCUGGCCUACCAGGUAUUCCUGGAGUUUCAGGGCCUAAAGGUUAUCAAGGUUUGCCUGGAGACCCAGGGCAACCUGGAUUGCGUGGACAACCUGGAUUACCAGGACCAUCGGGUCCCAAGGGUAACCCUGGUCUCCCUGGGAAGCCAGGACUUACAGGACCUCCUGGACUUAAAGGAAACAUAGGUGAUAUGGGUUUUCCAGGCCCUCAGGGUGCAAAAGGGUCUCUUGGAUCUCCUGGAGUUCCUGGACAACCCGGCUCCCCAGGAUUACCUGGACAGAAAGGAGAAAAAGGUGAUCCUGGUAUUUCAGGCAUUGGUCUUCCAGGUCUUCCUGGCCCAAAGGGUGAACCUGGUCUGCCUGGAUACCCGGGGAACCCUGGUAUUAAAGGUUCUAUAGGAGAUACUGGUUUGCCUGGAUUACCGGGGGCCCCUGGAGCAAAAGGACAACCAGGCCUUCCUGGAUUCCCUGGAACCCCAGGCCUUCCUGGACCAAAAGGUAUUGAUGGCCCCCCUGGGAACCCUGGCCUUCCAGGAGAACCUGGUCCUGUAGGUGGUGGAGGUCUUCCUGGGCUACCAGGUCCUCCAGGAGAAAAAGGCAAACCAGGUCAAGAUGGUAUUCCUGGACCAGCUGGGCAGAAGGGUGAACCAGGUCAACCAGGCUUUGGACUCCCAGGACCCCCUGGACUCCCAGGACUUUCUGGUCAAAAGGGUGAUGGAGGAUUACCUGGCAUUCCAGGAAACCCUGGCCUUCCAGGUCCAAAGGGUGAACCAGGCUUUCAUGGUUUCCCUGGUCUGCAGGGUCCCCCAGGCCCUCCUGGUUCUCCAGGUCCAGCUCUGGAAGGCCCUAAAGGCAACCCUGGGCCCCAAGGUCCUCCUGGGAGACCAGGUCCUCCAGGUUUUCAAGGUCUGCCAGGCCCAGAAGGUCCCCGGGGUCUCCCUGGAAAUGGAGGUUUUAAAGGAGAGAGAGGAAACCCAGGCCAACCUGGGCAGCCUGGUUUGCCUGGUUUGAAAGGAGAUCAAGGACCACCAGGACUCCAGGGUAAUCCUGGCCGGCCAGGACUCAAUGGAAUGAAAGGGGAUCCUGGCCUCCCUGGUGUUCCAGGUUUUCCAGGCAUGAAAGGACCCAGUGGAGCACCUGGUUCACCUGGCCCUGAGGGGGAUCCAGGCCUUAUUGGGCCCCCAGGUCCCCCUGGAUUACCUGGUCCUUCAGGACAGAGUAUUGUGAUCAAAGGAGAUGCUGGUCCACCGGGGGUCCCAGGGCAGCCUGGAUUAAAAGGUCUACCAGGACUACCAGGACCUCGAGGUUUACCAGGUCCAAUUGGCCCUCCAGGAGAUCCUGGACGCAAUGGACUCCCUGGCUUUGAUGGUGCAGGAGGGCGCAAAGGAGACCCAGGUUUACCAGGCCAGCCAGGUACCCGUGGUUUGGAUGGUCCCCCUGGGCCAGAUGGAUUGCAAGGUCCCCCAGGUCCCCCUGGAACCUCCUCUGUUGCUCAUGGAUUCCUUAUCACACGUCACAGCCAGACAACAGAUGCACCACUAUGCCCGCAUGGAACGACCCUGGUUUAUGAAGGCUUUUCUCUCCUGUAUGUACAAGGAAAUAAAAGAGCUCAUGGUCAAGACCUGGGGACGGCCGGCAGCUGUCUUCGUCGCUUCAGUACCAUGCCUUUCAUGUUCUGCAACAUCAAUAAUGUUUGCAACUUUGCUUCAAGAAAUGACUAUUCUUAUUGGCUCUCCACCCCAGAGCCCAUGCCAAUGAGCAUGGAGCCCCUGAAGGGCCAGAGCAUCCAGCCAUUCAUUAGUCGAUGUGCAGUAUGUGAAGCUCCAGCUGUGGUGAUUGCGGUGCACAGUCAGACCAUCCAGAUUCCCCGUUGUCCUCAGGGAUGGGAUUCUCUCUGGAUCGGUUAUUCCUUCAUGAUGCACACAAGUGCAGGGGCAGAGGGCUCAGGCCAAGCCCUGGCCUCCCCUGGUUCCUGCUUGGAAGAGUUUCGUUCAGCUCCCUUCAUUGAGUGUCAUGGGCGGGGCACCUGCAACUACUAUGCCAACUCCUACAGCUUUUGGCUGGCAACAGUAGAUGUGUCAGACAUGUUCAGCAAACCUCAGUCAGAAACGCUGAAAGCAGGAGACUUGAGGACACGUGUUAGCCGAUGUCAAGUGUGCAUGAAGAGGACAUAACAUUUUGAAGAAUUCCUCGUGUGUUUUUAAAUGUGAUAUAUAUAUAUAUAUACGUAUAUAUAUAUAUGUGUGUGUGUGUAUGUGUGUGUGUGUGUGUGUAUACACACACACAUACAUAUGUAUAACUCCCAGGAUGCAAUGUCUCACUCUCCCCAACUUUACCACUGCUGCCACCAAUGGUGCUACUAUACAUGACCAAGAGAACAUGCUGACCUAGUAAUCAUGAAGAAUAAGAGGUACCUCAGCAAUGGGCCAGAGCAAGGUCUCUUAUUAUUUUCCUACGAACGUAAUAAGGAAACGAAUUUACUUUUUGGGUCCAGAAUGACUUUCUCCAAGGAUCAUAAGAUGAAGAUGAUAUAUUUUGCCCAGGAACUAAAACGGCACGUUAAACAUUCAAUUACGAGAAGAAUCACACUGAGUGAAAUAAAAGACUGCCGUGUGGGGGAAGAAUUAUUUUUCAUGGUGCUACUAAUCCUACUGUAUCCCAGUUUUUUUUUAAUAUAAAAGUGUUAAGCUUAUUUUGCUCUGUAAGUAAAGAUUGUGUAUAUUGUAUAAACAGCCUUUUAGCUUAAAAUGUCGAGUCAUUUAGAUGUGACCUGACAUGAAUCACUCUUUACAGACAACUUAGGAAACCCUAGAAUACAGACAGCAAGACUUUAUAUCCAUGUUUAUCAAAGUGAGAGGAUUUAUAUUCUUGCAUCGAGUUCCUACCAAGAGUAAAAUUAUCUUGAGUUUUAGCCCCUAAUUUCCUAUUCGACUUUGAAAAAAUAGGUCAUUUUUAGUCACUUUAAUCAGAAUUGUAAAUGUACACGUCACAUACCAAAUUAUAAUAGCUAAUGAAGCAGUUUCUCUUCUGCUGUAUUCGCCAAGAAACUCUGAACACCAGAGGCCCCCAGCUUUAAUGGUUAUUACAUCUUGUUUUUGCUCAUUCCCGACUGGGCGAAGCUCUCCCAAAUAAUUUUGAGAAGCAAAAAUAUAUUUUUUAAAUUGGCCAUUCUUUUCCCUGUGCUUUUUAUGUAAGGCUUUUUCUCCUAUAGUCUCUGCCUGUACAAGAACUGGGGAGACAAUACUUGAUUAGUCUUCUCUCUUCAGUUACAAAGCCACCUGAUGGUCCUUUACCCUUCUUUAUUUUCAACAUGUUCUUAUAAGUAGUCAUAGAAUAAAUGCCUUCUUUCCCUA